GGAGGCCGAGAGGGCAGUCAGCACCUCCAUGUGUUCACACUCUCCACACAUCUCCAUCACAUGGACGGACACAGGGACACACGUUUUUUAGAAACGCUCCUCAUUAACUUCAGAGCUGCAGCAUGUCAGCACGAACACACCGAUUAUCUCACCCUGCCAUCUCUCCUCUGCGGUCCCCUCGCUCAUGAAGUCAAACUGUGUUUGACGCUCUCAGUGCAGGAUGGAGGCUGUGGCUCUAUUCUCUUUCGCAGCAUCAGAGGCAGAUGAGAUCAGUUUCCAGAAGGGAGACAUCGUCAAGGUGAUAGAAAUGGAGGAGGACUCUUGCUGGUUCACUGCUGAGAUGGAGGGAAAGCGCGGAUUUGUUCCUGAGAACUACAUCUCCCUUCGUCCUCAUCCCUGGUUUGCAGGAGCGAUAUCAAGACUGGAGGGUGAAAAGCGUCUCUGCUGGCAGGAAACCGGAGUGUUUCUGGUGAGGGAGAGUGAAUCAGCUCCAGGGGAGUUUUCUCUCUCCGUUAGCUACGGUGACAGGGUGGAGCACUUCAGGGUUCUGGAGGGGGGUGGUCAGUACUACAUCUGGGAUAAGGCCUUCUGCUCCCUGAACCGCCUGGUGGAAUUCUACAGAGCGCACAGCAUUGCUGUGGAGAAAGUGGUCCGCCUCAGGGAUUUCCCAUCAUCCCCUAACCAACACUCCCAUCCUGGACGGAACCCAUACCCUAACCCGUAUAAAAGCAGCUCCAUAGAGUCGAUCCCCUCAGCCCACCUCCACUCUAACCCCCCUCUGAGAGAGCGACAGGCCUCUGCACAUUCACUGAAACCUGUUUUAGAGAGGCCUCGGGUGGCCCGUGCUCUGUGUGACUACACCCCCUCUCAGACUACCCACCUCCACUUCCAGCGCAAUGAAAUCAUCGACCUCCUAGACUGUUCAAGCACCCUAAGCUGGAGGGGGCGCUGUCGGGGCCGUGUUGGCAUCUUUCCACCAGAGUUUGUCCAGCCACUUCACCAUUAACUACAGAUGCUCAGUACAUUGACUAAGUUUUUGAGGCUUCUCAGCCAGGACCAGAGGCUGUUCUUGCAUGAAGGGCACCCAGGGCAGCCCUUUCCCCUAUUAAUCAAAACGCAGAAAAUCAUUAAAACUGUAGGGCAAGAAGAAAUGGGUUGCAUUUCAAAUAGUCUCCCUUUUGACAGCAGCAUGUAAAUAACAACUUGUCCGAAAGACCUGGUGUUAAUGUGCCUCCCUUUCCUGAUGCAGCCCUGGGUCGCUGCCCAUAUGGCUCGGAUGAAAAACCGCACUGGUGUAAUUGUAUGCAGCUGUCAGAUGUUACCCCUGCAUUUCUGCCUUUUCUCUGGGUGUAAUUGAAUAUUUUGAAAUUGAUAUGUAAACAGUGAUCCAAUAUAUUCAACACUUAUUGAUCCCCUGGUGAAGAUGUGUAAAUAGCUUAAUGAUGGACAUUUUCAGAAAACGUUGUUUUACGUCUAGUAAACAACAAGGUGCCAAUUAUUACAGCAGUUUGUCUUGUCCACCGUUUUAUAAGGUUGUCAUUGAGUAUUCUCUUGUUUAUUUUAUGAUGUUAAUCACAAGAAUCCCUGCAAUAAAUACAAAUAUAUCUCUCAGCAC